AGAGUGCGAUUGUUUUCAGAUUUUCAUCAGGGAGCAUAUAUUUAGAUUGUUGCAAAUUAUUGGAGAGGGCCAAUGGGAGCCAAGUUCACCAUCUGCUGCUACUAUUUGAAACAUAACAGCGAGGAGAAGAAUGCUAUGCGCAUGCGCACCAGCACAGCUUCCAGACAGACCGUGGUAUCCAGUGAGUCCAGCGACAGCGGCACAGAAGAGGAGAGCCUUUUUGGCCCGCAGCCUUCGAGGAAGCUGUGGGCCGACGCCAGCGGAGCCUCCGGCUCUUCCAGCAGGAGACGAUCGGACAGACAGUUACAGGCUUUCAUCAGCACGAGGGACCAGGCGGACACGGCUACAGAGGAAUGGGAGAAGCUGAAUUAUGACAUACACUCGUUACGCUACGCCAGACGGGAAGUCAGAUCCCGAUGGAAGAAGAUCCUGCUUCAUCUCGGUUACCAGUGCGAGGUGGAGGCCUUGCUGUGCGUGAACAAACAGAGGCGCUUCAGCCGGGAUCAGGACCAACUUAACAAAGCGGCCCAGCUGUUGAAACAGCUGCUGGACCGCACCUCUCUGUUUCCUCCAGAGACUGGACACCAGAGCAAAUACCUCUUUGUCAUGGACCGCCUGGUGUUGCUGGACAGUGCUGAGGACUUCGUUAGACUGGCGAAAGAAAAAUACCCCAAGCAAAGUAGUCUGAGAGACAGUGAGACGGAAAAAAAAACAGACAUAAAAGCUGAGAGGGAAACAUGUUAAAAUGUUGAAACAAGUCACAUUUUUAUUUUUACUUUUUAACCACGCUAACAUUCAUUGAAUUAUAAUCAAUCAAUCAAUCAAACUUUUAUUACAGACUCAAGGUCCAGAUAGUACAACAUAUUAAAAUAGAAUAAAAUACAUACAAAAGUGAAAAACAAAAAACAAAGAACUACACAUGCUUUAUAAAUAAACAGCUGUACCAGUGUCUCCGCAGUUGGGACUGGUAGCGUGUGGUGCUUGUUAUAUUUGAUAAAAACAUGAUGAUCUCAUUUGCGAAACCAUCAACCCGGCAAAUAAAUGUGUACAAAAGAUUUCUUAAAACUGCUUUGAAUGUAUUGACUCCUGCAGCCACGAACAUCUCACCUGCACUAGUCCACUCGGUCUCUUCAACAACAUUCUCAUGGCGUCAUGGUCGGCCACUUGAAGUCUCCGCAGACUCGCUUAUAGAUAAACAUGUCAUUUGAAUGCCAAAUUAAGCCUCUUUAAUGUGUCCUGUUGAUUGAACUAACUAUUCGGAACAUUCAAUUCAUAAUGCUGUAUAAAUAUAACAUGCGUUUAAUGUAUUAAUUUUCACUCUUCUGGCAUAUCUGCUGCGCUGUUAAUUAUAAAUGGUUGAAACUG